AUUUGCUCCUGCUCCAGUGCAGGAACGACUCAGCUGCAUGGCCAGGAAUAACUCCAUCUAUAUGGUUGCAAACAUGGGGGCCAAGAAGUUGUGUAACUCCAGUGAUCCCAGCUGCCCCAGCGAUGGUCGCUAUCAGUACAACACUGAUGUUGUCUUUGAUCCAAAGGGGAAACUUGUGGCUCGUUACCACAAGUACAACCUGUUUAGAAGAGAAACUCAGUUUAAUUACCCAAAAGAGCCAGAAACCAUCACCUUUGAGACUCCCUUUGGGAAGUUUGGCAUUUUCACUUGCUUCGACAUCCUUUUCCGUGAGCCUGCCGUGGUCCUAGUGAGCGAGCUGCAGGUGGACACCGUGCUCUUCCCAACGGCUUGGAUGAAUGUCCUGCCCUUUCUGACUGCAGUUGAGUUUCACUCUGCCUGGGCAAUGGGCAUGGGUGUCAAUUUACUUUCAGCAAAUACUCACAACACUGACUUUGCAAUGACAGGCAGCGGGCUGUUCACACCGGAGGGACCUGCUGCCUACCAUUAUGACAGUGUGACCGAGGAGGGACGUCUCCUGCUAGCAGAGCUGAGAGCACACCCACGUCUUUCCCCCACCUACCCUCCUGCCGUCAACUGGAGCUUGUAUGCCACAACCAUCCAGAAAUUUCCAGAAGAAAAAGACACUUUUUCAGGAGCUGUCCGUCAGGAUAUCUUCACUUUCAGUGAACUCAGGCACAAAGCUGGAAAUUCCACAGUUUGCCAAGGAGACCUCUGCUGUCAUUUGGUGUAUCGGAUGUCAAGCAAGAGCCAAGAUGAAGUUUAUGUCCUGGGUGCAUUUGAUGGACUUCACGGUUCUCUCAUUAAAUACCAUUGGCAGAUCUGCACGCUGCUCAAGUGCAAGAGCACAGACCUGAACACGUGUGGGCAGCCGGUGGAGACGGCGCAGACCAAGUUUGAGAUGUUCUCCCUCAGUGGCACGUUUGGCACCAACUACGUCUUUCCAGAAGUCUUGUACAGUGGGGUGCAGCUGGCCCCCGGGGAGUUUGAGGUGCUACAUGAUGGACGUUUGAAAAGUAAGCAUGGCACAUCAAAACCACUCCUAACAGUGACACUUUUUGGAAGGUUGUAUGAAAAGGACCUGCCGCAUCCUCUGCGAACCUCCCCAGAACCUUAA